UCCAGGUUGCAAGAGGAGAUGCUUCAGAGGGAGGAGGCCGAGAACACCCUGCAGUCCUUCAGACAGGAUGUUGACAAUGCUUCUCUGGCACGUCUUGAUCUUGAGCGCAAAGUUGAGUCCCUGCAAGAGGAGAUCGUCUUCUUGAAGAAGCUUCAUGAUGAGGAAAUCCGAGAACUGCAGGCCCAACUCCAGGAACAGCACAUCCAGAUUGAUAUGGAUGUUUCUAAGCCUGAUCUUACUGCUGCCCUGCGUGACGUUCGCCAACAGUAUGAAAGCGUUGCUGCUAAGAAUCUUCAGGAAGCUGAAGAGUGGUACAAGUCCAAAUUUGCAGAUCUCUCCGAAGCUGCUAAUAGGAACAACGAUGCCCUGCGCCAGGCCAAACAAGAAGCUAAUGAAUACCGCAGACAGAUUCAGUCUCUCACCUGCGAAGUUGAUGCCCUUAAGGGAAGCAAUGAAUCCCUGGAGCGUCAGAUGCGUGAAAUGGAGGAGAAUUUUGCUGUUGAAGCUGCUAACUACCAAGACACUAUUGGCCGUCUGCAGGAUGAGAUUCAGAACAUGAAGGAAGAAAUGGCUCGCCAUCUCCGCGAGUACCAGGACCUGCUGAAUGUAAAGAUGGCUCUUGAUAUUGAGAUUGCCACCUACAGAAAACUGCUGGAGGGUGAAGAGAGCAGGAUUAACAUGCCUAUUCCAACCUUUGCUUCUCUGAACCUGAGAGAAACCAACAUUGAAUCUCAGCCAAUGGUUGACACUCACUCAAAGAGGACACUUCUAAUUAAGACCGUUGAAACUAGAGAUGGACAGGUUAUUAAUGAAACUUCCCAGCAUCAUGAUGACUUGGAGUAAAGCUGAAGUGAAGACACAUACUUAUUAAUACAGGAGAAAUUCUUACCAGCAAGAUUUAAAAAGUCCAUGUCUUAAAAGAAGUAACAGCUUUCAAGUGCCUUUGCAGUUUUUCCAUGAGCGCAAGAUUACUAUGAUAGGAAAUAGUAUUAGGUCUUGCAAACUGACUCUCCCUGAAGGAUUAGCGUUUACAAUGGAGUCUAGUUUACAAAUAGCAGUAUGUUGUGCUGUAAAUAGUUAACUGUCUGAAUUCAGUAAAACUGCUUUUUCCAGCACAAUAUUAAUAACCUGUUGCUACUUCAAUAAAUAUUUGGAAAAUGGCUCUUGAUGUCUUCUAAUUUGGUAACUUCACAACUUUCUGGAAAACCAUAACAACAUAAUGCUGGAAUUAAUAUAUGGUUGACAUCUCCAGUACUGGUUGUGUGGAAUGCUCUUUUUUCAGUUUAACUAGAUAAACUGUCUUACUCAUUUACUGCUUAGGUUUUGGAACCAACUAAAAUGGACUAUAACUGGCAGAUGCAUAAUGUAUUAUGAUAUUUCUUAUCACUUGAAUAAAAUAUGAUACUUCAAGCUAA